AUGGGCGGCAUAAACCUCGAAGUCUUCAAGUUCGGCACCUAUCUGCUGUUUCCAAUCGGAAUCAUGUACUACUUCGGAACGAACCUGGACAACCGCUUUACCGUCAACGACUUUUGGCCGAAGCCCGAGGAGUGCAACAAGCUGCCGCAGGAUCGGGAGGAGAUCAAGGCCGAGUACGAGAGAAUCGUGGCGCGACAGAAAUUGAGACAGGCUCUGUUGGAGGAGAAGCAGAGACAGCAGGCCCAGCAGGCGCAGAAGAACGAGAGCUCCUAG